CACGGCCACACUCUAAUCCCAAAUGCCAAUGAGUCCAAACAACAACACUGGUGCCUGCCUGCCCAACAAAAUCCAACAUAACAUCGAAACAAAACGAAUCGUGUCAAAGCGCAAACUGCAACCGCAACCCGCAACACGGCCAAAACCAAAGCACCUCCACCAAGGACCAGACCAACGAAGACACACGCCAAACUCAGCCAAAGCCACAAAUGUACUGGCGCGCUGUCCCGCUGAUCCUGCUCUUCCUCACGUCGAAAUCAGACCAAGUCAAUGUCGACUGCAACGAACUGCAGAUGAUGGGCCAGUUCAUGUGUCCCGAUCCUGCCAAGAAUCACAUCGACCCCAAGACUCAGCAACUGCGCGGCUGCACCAAGGAGAGCCGGGCACGGGUGUGGUGCAUCGCCGCCAACGAAAUCAACUGCACGGAAACGGGCAACGCCACCUUCACGCGGGAGGUGCCCUGCAAGUGGACGAAUGGCUACCAUUUGGACACCACAUUACUGCUGUCAGUGUUCCUCGGGAUGUUCGGCGUGGACCGCUUCUACCUGGGAUACCCGGGCAUCGGUCUGCUCAAGUUCUGUACACUGGGCGGCAUGUUCCUGGGCCAGCUGAUCGACAUUGUCCUCAUCGCCCUGCAGGUGGUGGGGCCCGCCGACGGAUCCGCCUACGUCAUACCCUACUACGGGGCCGGCAUCCACAUAGUGCGGAGCGACAACUCGACGUACCGGCUGCCGCGCGACGACUGGUGAUGGUUAAGAAAGCACAACGUUUGGUGUACAGUAGAUCACGUUAAGUCAUUGUUAUAUCUUAAAUUCGGCUUAUGACACUAAGCAACGACUGCUAAACUCAGAUUAGUGCAUUACGACGUACCCUAGUGAUAAGUGUAAAGAUUGUUGCCACCCCUCCCUUUCGUAGCCUAAGUUGCAUUAUUUAGUCUUAGUUACCUCUGUACAUGGAUAUACACAUACACAAACAUAUACAUAUACAACUCUACACGUUUGUAAUUGUGGGAGCCACAUAGACAAAUUGUUUGCCAAUAUAAAUAACGAUU